AUGUCGCUACCUCCAAUCGACUUUACCGUUCCACCUCCACGUUUAAGUGUUCCAGCACCUCCUGUAGCCACGGUGCCAUCGCAACCAUUGUACAACUAUCCACCACCACCACCGCCGGCACCCUCGGGCAAUGUAGUACAACCUUACUAUAAUUCUUUACAUCGAAUGCCACCAAUGAAUGUACCACCGCUCUCCCACACGCCAGCAUAUCCCCCGCCUCCCUACCCGCCUCCUUACCCACCCACUCAACCGCCACCAAGCUAUGGAUACUAUGGAGACACUAGUUAUUAUUAUAACCAAGCAACCAAAAACAAUGAAAAUCAAUGCACAUCUCAAAGCUGGGGUAGCAAAUCUGUAAGUCAAAUGAAGGUUAAUGAACAAACCACUAUUUCCACUCCAAGUUCUUCCAAAUUUUCCAAUAGAAAUGAUAAUUUACGAGCUUUGGAAAUGUUAAAAAAAGAUUCCAGUGAAAAGUCAUACUGGUCUUCAAAAGAUAGUAUGGCAUCUAGUUCAAGGUCUCGCGUCAGUCCAAAAAGAGAUAGCAGUUAUGAUAGAGAGAGAAAAGAAGCAAGAAGUAGGUCUUACAGAUCUCGCAGUCCUAGUUAUAGUUCAAGUUAUAGCCAUCAUAGUAGAAGCAGUUCCCAUCGAGAAAGAGAUGAUAGAUAUUAUAGGAGAAGGUAUGAAGAAGAGAGAAGGGAAUAUGAGCUUAGGAAAUAUUAUUUAGAAAGAAGUGAGAGACAUCGGCAUGAAAGAGAGAGAUCCAGCAGUCAUAGAAGAGAACAUAGGGAUGAUAAAUAUGAGGAUAGAUACAGGCAUUCAUCUCAUAGGAGCAGAGAAUCAUCAUCUGUUUCAUCAAGAAGGUCUGAGGCAUCCCAUAAACCUAUGACUGAUCGAGAGAAAAUCUUAGAAGACUAUAGGAGAAAUUAUUGUAAAACUUCAGAAGACUUCAUUAAAAAAAUGGAGAAAUGGUCUAAAGAACAUCAGUCUGAUGAAGAGGAGAAUCCCAAAAUAUGGUACAGAAGUUCCCCAGCUGAAUUAUAUUACAAGGCAAUAGAGGGUGGUAAUGGAGUUGAGCAAACACGUAAAUUGGAGAAAGUUUGUGAGAAUUUCUUUACACUGCUCAUUGAUAGAGGAAGAAAAGCAAGGCCUGAAGUUGAUGAGCUGCCUCCAUUGAAGCCACAGAAGGCUAAGCGAUGUAAACAUAAUGAUGAAGGUUCAUCCUCAUCAUCAUCAUCUUCAUCAGAAGAAGAAGAUUGUCUCGACGAGGAGAACCUGCAAGGUUAUACAGACAGAAUGAUGUUAGAACUCCAGAGAAAACAGAGUCAUCCAAGAAGAUUACAUCCAGAAUUAUGGUUUAACAACACUGGUGAGAUGAAUGGUGGUCCAUUAUGUAGAUGCAGUGUUCGGGCAAGACGUUUUGGUAUUCGACAUGGAGUGUAUGCCGGAGAGCAACAGUUCCCUAAAUGUAUCCCAACACAGAGCAAUAUUGAGAAAUUGUACCAUUAUCGAAUAACUGUAUCGCCUCCCACGAACUUCCUUAUCAAAGCACCGACGAUAAUAAGUCAUGAUGAACACGAAUUCCUUUUUUCUGGCUUUUCAAUGUUCUCACAUUACAAGUUAGCGAAACUACCCACAUGUAAAGUUAUCAGAUUUAACAUUGAAUAUACUAUUUUGUAUGUGGAAGAGCCGGCGCCAAAGAACUUUACAGUUCAAGAGUUGGAUAUGUUUGAGGAAUUUCUAUUCAAGGAGUUAUUGGAGUUAGUUGAUUUGGACCUCGGUAUAGGAUCAGACACAACAUGCUCCCAGUUUCAUUUUAUGCCAAGAUUUGUUCGAUAUUUACCAGAAGGUGGUUGUGAGGUAUUAUCAAUGUGCGAAGUGUUAAAAUACCUAAUAGAUGAAAGUGGUCUGUUGAUCCCACCAGAAUCACUUGAAGAAGUUCAUAAUAUGGAUCAUUAUCAUUGGCAAAAAUUUGUUGAUAGGAUUAAAGGUAUGAUAGUGACAUAUCCCGGCAAGAAGCCUUGUUCGGUUAGAGUGGAUCAAAUAGAUCGCAGUCCGCCGUUCAGCGUUAAAAAUCCUAAGGAAGUUAGUACAUUUUACCCGGAAAUUGUGCAUUUUGGUAUACGGCCACCUCAGCUCAGUUAUGCGGGUAAUCCAGAGUAUCAAAAAGCGUGGCGUUUCUACGUGAAGUACCGUCAUCUAAUAGCAAAUAUGGCGAAGCCGUCGUUCAACGAGCGGCAGAAACUCGCGGCCAAAGAAGCAACGUUGCAGGAAAUGCGCACUCAGAGCAAAAUGAAGAGGGACGUCACGGUCGCCAUAUCGUCUGAAGGUUUCCACACUACGGGCCUUAUGUGUGAUGUUGUGCAACACGCCAUGUUAAUUCCAGUACUGGUCCGUCACUUGCGUUUCCACAAAUCUCUAGACAGUCUAGAAAAUAUAAUUAGUUAUAAAUUCAAACAGAGGGCUCUGCUCCAAACUGCAUUAACCCACCCUUCGUAUAGAGAGAACUUUGGCACUAAUCCCGAUCACGCUAGGAACACGCUCACCAACUGUGGGAUAAGGCAACCGGAGUAUGGGGAUAGGAGGAUUCAUUAUACAAGGAAGAAAGGCAUUGUAACCCUAAUCAACAUAAUGUCACGUUUCGGCAAAAGCAACGAAACGGAAUCUGAAAUAAAGCACAACGAGAGACUGGAGUUCCUCGGUGACGCAGUGGUGGAGUUCAUAUCCUCGAUACAUUUGUUCAAAAUGUUCCCUGGGUUGGCUGAAGGUGGUCUGGCCACGUACAGGGCUGCCAUUGUGCAGAACCAGCAUCUUGCUUUGUUGGCUAAGAAUAUAGGGCUUGAACAAUACAUGCUCUACGCCCACGGGUCGGAUUUGUGUCGAGAAGUAGUCAUGCGACACGCAAUGGCUAAUUGCUUUGAGGCGCUUAUGGGAGGACUUUUCCUUGACGCUGGACUUGAGAUAACGGAUCGCGUCUUCGCCCAAGCACUAUGGCACAACGAGCCAAUUCUAUACGACAUUUGGAUGAAGGAACGGGCGCACUCGCUGCAAGAGCAAGAGCCGCUGGGCGACCGCCAGUACAUCAAGGAUUUCGAGUUUCUGCAGAAGUUGACCGCCUUCGAGGAGUCUAUAGGUGUGAAAUUCAAGCACAUACGCCUUUUAGCGAGAGCGUUCACAGACCGUUCAGUCGGCUUCACGAAUCUAACUCUAGGCUCCAACCAGCGUCUAGAGUUCCUAGGCGAUACGGUUCUACAGCUGGUUGUGUCUGACAAGUUGUACAGGCAUUUUCCUGAACAUCACGAAGGACAUUUGUCUUUACUGCGUUCGUCAUUAGUAAAUAACCGAACGCAAGCAAUGGUGUGCGACGACCUUAACAUGUCGGACUACGCGAUAUACAACAACCCUAAAGCUAAACCCACCGCCAAGAAACACAAGGCUGAUUUGCUUGAAGCCUUCCUGGGUGCUUUGUAUAUUGAUAAGAAUCUAGAAUACUGUCAGGUAUUCUGCAACGCGUGUCUAUUCCCACGUCUGCAAGAGUUCAUCAUGAACCAAGAUUGGAACGACCCAAAGUCGAAACUGCAGCAGUGUUGUCUCACUCUACGCUCUAUGGAGGGAGGGGAGCCGGAUAUACCUGUUUACAAGGUGAUCGAGUGCCUGGGGCCGACGAACACGCGCGUGUACACGGUGGGCGUGUACUUCCGCGGGCGGCGGCUGGCGGCCGGGCGCGGGCACUCCAUACAGGAGGCCGAGAUGAACGCGGCCGAGCAGGCGCUCAGCUGCGCGCACGAGCUCUUCCCACAACUGGACCACCAAAAGCGUGUAAUCGCGAAGAGUAUGAAACGGAAACGCAAGCGUCACGAGGGCGUGGGCAGCUACAACAGUACUAAAGACAUCCUCCUCAAACAAGACGAAGACAAAGUGCCCAAAGCGUAUCGAGCUGACAACAAAUUGGAGGAAAGCUCCGAUUCAGAAAACCCCGUGUCUGACACAGAAGUGAAAGAAUUCAAAUCGGACGAUGAUAAUGAAAAUGAAAACGAUAACGAUAACGAUAACGAUGACUCUGGUCUAGAUAGCGACCCUGAAACGGAUAAAUAUGAGAACGUACAAGUCAGCAGUCUCCUGAACGAUAUGGAGAAAUUGAAACAGGAUCUCAUAGCUCGCAACGAAUAUGACAAGUUAAAGGAGAAGUGCAAGAAAUCCGAUUCAGAUGAUGAUUAGAGUGAGAAUUUUUUAGGUCUCUUUUUUUAUAGUGAAUAUAUGGUAGUUUAAUGGUUGUUUUCAGCGUAGUAGAAUAUUUUUAUAUGAUCGAUGUCGAUGUGAAAAUUAUAUAACGCAAUUCCAUUUAGAUAAUUAUAUAAAAUACAAUGCUUCCUAAGUCUGCUUAAAAUAUAUGCAUAUAAUUUUGAAGCCAAGCCUUAUUUUAUAACGUAUAUUCACGGUAAGUUGAAUAUAAAAUUCUUAUGCAAUGUUAGUGUAAAAUCAUAGGAUAUUUUAGUUUAGUAGUUAGGACACAUAAGAGAUUUGGUGUCCCUAUUUUAUAAGUUUACGUUGGUAGUUGUUAAGUCCUUCAUAGUUAAAAUAAGUUGUUAGUAGUGUAUUGCUUUAGAUAAUAAAAUUAAAUCAUUUCAUAUUAAAUAGUAUGUAUGUAUAUAAUAUUUUUACUGUAUUUUUUAUUAAGUACCUACUUGUAUGAUAUUCGACUAAAUAUAUUGGUGAUAUGUUUUCUCUUUUUGCGAUUUCAUCCACGAGACAAGCGGGACACCGAAGUUUUCAUUUCUACAAUUUCUUCCGUUCUUCACAUCGCAUUUUGCAACAACAUCGCUGUGUUGCGUGUUGGAGCGCAGUGUGAUGUAACUAAUUUGUUUUAGUUUUAAUACUCACGCUACGCUCCAUUACGCUUUGCUUCGAAAUUUGAAUUGAAGAAGACGCAAACUUUUUUUAAUUCAUAGAGAACUGACUGGUUAACAUAUAGAGGGAGAUAGAAUGAUUUAUGUACCUAUGGCCGAAAGAGAUACAAGAUGAUGAUUCUACAUUUUGUCUGUGGUGGUGGGUUUUUGUUUUUUGUUCAGUCUAUUCUUAGGAAUGUGAAUUUUAGUUGAUAUGUAUCAUGGAGUUCUGCUUUGGAUUUGAUAGUUUGUUUGCAUUUUCGUACUACAUGUAAUUUUUUUUUGAGCAAAAAUGGCCGAGAUGGAAUCCUCUCAAUGUUUGAAUAU